AUGGCUCCCACUGCUCUGGAACACGAGGACGUUGUGCGCGAUGCUGCCUUCAACCAGGCCAUGCACGGAAAGUCGGCCAAGGUCCGUGGCGGUCUGACUGCCCUGCGCGGAAAGGACAAUGCUGCCCAGAAGGCUGCUGUCGACGAGUACUUCAAGCACUGGGACAACAAGGGCCACGAGGAGGAGACUGCUGAGACCCGUGAGGCUCGUCGUGCCGAAUACGCCACCCUGACCCGACACUACUACAACCUGGCUACCGACUUCUACGAGUACGGCUGGGGUUCCUCCUUCCACUUCUGCCGUUUCGCCUACGGCGAGCCCUUCAACCAGGCCAUCGCCCGUCACGAGCACUACCUCGCCAUGCAGACCGGUCUCACCGAGGGCAUGAAGGUUCUGGAUGUUGGCUGUGGUGUUGGUGGCCCUGCUCGUGAGAUGGUUAAGUUCUCUGGUGCUCACGUCACUGGUCUCAACAACAACGACUACCAGAUUGAUCGCGCUACCCACUACGCUGCCAAGCAGGGUCUGUCCGACAAGAUGGCCUUCGUCAAGGGUGACUUCAUGCAGAUGAAGUUCCCCGACAACACCUUUGAUGCCGUUUACGCCAUUGAGGCCACCGUCCACGCUCCCGAGCUGGUUGGUGUCUACAGCGAGAUUUUCCGUGUUCUCAAGCCCGGCGGCAAGUUCGGUGUCUACGAGUGGCUCAUGACUGACGAGUACAACAACGAUGACCCCGAGCACCGUCGUAUCCGUCUCGGUAUCGAGCAGGGUGACGGUAUCUCCAACAUGGUUACCAUCUCCGAGGGCCUGAAGGCCAUCCGCGACGCUGGCUUCGAGCUCCUCCACCACGAGGAUCUGGCUGCCCGCCCCGAUGCUACCCCCUGGUACUACCCGCUGGCCGGUUCGUUCAAGCACAUGGGCUCCGUCUGGGAUUUCUUCACCAUUGCCCGCAUGACCUGGUGGGGCCGUGGCCUUGCCCACCGCCUCGUCGGUGCCGGUGAGACCAUCGGUCUGUUCCCCAAGGGCUCGCAGAAGACCGCUGACAGCCUUGCCCUGGCUGCUGACUGCCUGGUCGAGGGCGCUCAGAAGAACCUGUUCACCCCCAUGUACCUGAUGGUCGGCAAGAAGCCCGAGUAA